ACUUUGCCUCCGCGCUCCGCCUUUUUUUUUUUUUUUUACAACAACCGGCGCUCCGCCUCGGCUCCUCCUUUGACCUCCAACUCCGGCGGCGCCGUACGUCGCAGCCGCACGCCACCCGGAAGGACCUACAUGGGGCGGCCGGCGCGCUCCCGAUCUCCGGCCAUCGAGCCGCCUCCGGAGGUCACUGGCCUUCGCUCCUCCAAGAUCUCCUUCCGCUCCCGUAAGAUUGUCAAGACACCAUCCGCGAAACCUUUGGCCACGACCGCCCUCGCACCACUGCCGCCGGCACCUCCGCCUCCAGUGCUUCCUGCGCUGUCGUCCCCCGGAGAGCUUGCGGCCGCGCUGAGCCACCUCCAAGCCGCGGACCCCCUCCUCGCCGCGGUCAUUGCCUCCACUGAGGCGCCCACCUUCGCCGCCACCCCCUCCCUCCCCGCGUUCCACUCCCUCGCGCGCUCCAUCCUCUACCAGCAGCUCGCGCCCUCCGCUGCGGAUGCCAUCUACGCUCGCUUCCUCGCGCUCCUCCCCUCUGCUUCGGCGGCGGCCGCGAACGUAGCCGCUGACGCGGUCACAGUCACACCCGCCGCCGUCCUUGCCCUCGCCGCCGCCGACCUGCGUACCAUCGGCGUCUCCGGCCGUAAGGCAUCCUACCUACACGACCUCGCGGCCAGAUUCGCAGCCGGGGAGCUCUCUGACUCCGCCGUCGCUGCCAUGGAUGAGGCUGCGCUCCUCGCGGAGCUCACCAAGGUCAGAGGCGUCGGCGAGUGGACUGUCCACAUGUUCAUGAUCUUCUCACUGCACCGCCCCGACGUGCUGCCGUGCGGCGACCUCGGUGUGCGCAAGGGCGUGCAGGAGCUGUACAAUCUCAAGGGGCUCCCCAAUCCGGAGGAGAUGGUGGCAUUGUGCGAGCGGUGGAGGCCGUACAGGUCAGUCGGCGCGUGGUACAUGUGGCGCCUCAUGGAGAGUAAGGGCGCUGCGGCCAAGAAGAAGAAUAAGGGUAAUGCGAGUUCUUAGCUAGGUGCGUAGAUCUCACAAAUCACAAUAGGGGGCAUUCUGCUUCUGGCCCACCUGCGUUUUUCACACAACCGAGAUGGCGCUGACCUGAUCUGGAGUUCUGUACAACCCAUUUCAGCAGCACACUGAAUCUAACAAUGCCAAUGGUUUAUUUUGCGUGCAUGUCGCUGCUCUCUGAUGCACAAGCACUGAUCAUUUCAGCCCCCUGAGACCUCUGCAGGAGUGCCUCCUUUUUACUGCAAAAAAAGGACUUUGCAUGCCAACAUAUCACCUCAUCUCUGGCAUAUUAGCAUUCAUGCACAUUAGUCCUUUUGAAAUAGCAACGCAAUAUCCUGUGUUCGAGCAUGCACAUGAGCUUGCAUUCAUGCACGAAAGACUAUAGGGGUGAUUAGUAAUAUAUAACUUCUAUAUAUGGCUCAAGUUCUGAUCAAACAUAUACU